AUGGGCGAAUAUGUAGAAGAAUCUGGUGCUAGAGCUCUUCCAGGAAGUGGUAUUUUUGAAUAUGUGGAAUCUGGCCCAAUGGGAGCUGAGGAACUUGCGUUCAGAUUUGCUGUGAACACAAUCAACAGAAACAGAACGUUGUUGCCCAAUACCACCCUAACUUAUGACACCCAGAAGAUAAACCUCUAUGACAGUUUUGAAGCAUCCAAGAAAGCCUGUGAUCAGCUCUCUCUUGGGGUGGCUGCCAUCUUCGGGCCUUCACACAGCUCAUCAGCAAAUGCUGUGCAGUCCAUCUGCAAUGCCCUGGGGGUUCCCCACAUACAGACCCGCUGGAAGCACCAGGUGUCAGACAACAAAGAUUCCUUCUAUGUCAGUCUUUACCCAGACUUCUCUUCACUCAGCCGCGCCAUUUUGGACUUGGUGCAAUUCUUCAAGUGGAAAACUGUCACAGUUGUAUAUGAUGACAGCACUGGUAAGAAAAAUCAGUAG